AUAUUCUUAGAAUGAGUUUGGAGACAAACAUAAUUGUAUUUCAACCAUAGUGAUACUUGCUGCUAUGGUACGAGAGGUAACUGCGGGGCAAAUAGUAGGGACAGUGUUAUCAGUUUCACUUUUGUGACGUGCUGUAGCGUUGUAAAUAGCAAAUAGGUUUAUCACUACCAAGUUGAUAAACGCUCAUUUAGUCGCGAUUGUGCCAAUAAGCCAACACUACAAAUCUGGCAAAGCUACUAAAGUGUAUUAAAUUCUGUUGUUCUUAACGUCAAAAUAUAAAAUUGUAGGCUUUCGAACACAAAAAUAUAAAAAUGUUCAGUGGUUUCCGUACGCCUUUACGUUUGCGUUGGCCUAAACUGGAGCGGGCCAAGAGAAGAAACAAGGAGGAAAGGGAGACAAUGAUUGUCUUCGUCUAUGACACAGAAUGUCUCAAGGACGAAGCAGAUGAUCCGGUGGAAGCAGUUCUCUACUUUCACCCAAGUUGGGUAUCAGACACACAGAAAGUGGCACUUUGUGGGCAACUAAUGGGUACAUCGUACUUCCUAAAAGACUGUUUCUGCAAACCGAAAAUUAUGGCUUUGCAAAACGGUAAAUUUGUGUUAAAGGAAUUUGGCAGAUUUACCUUGGCUGUCGGCACGGACCGCAACAUCUCAGAUUAUUUACUCGAAAAACGUGCUGAUUUGCUUGCCUCUCUUGUGAAAUUCUUCCAUCGUGAUUUGCAAAGUCUCUUUGAUCAGUUUCCACAACAAGCGCAAUAUAAGAAUCUCUCCGAAAAGCUAUAUCACAUUUUCGAAACAUAUCUGCCGAUUUUGCAACGUAACGGACAUAUUUUCCAAAACGUACCCAAGCUGCGUAUGCCGAAGACGGCAAGCAAUAUAUUUUUGGAUGCCAUACAAACAUUACAGUGCUGUCAGCAGACCACGGGCAUAUUGGGCGGCGCCGUACUUUACCAUAACAAAGUGGUUGCGUCUCAAUUGGGCGAUACCAUAACUAAGCAGCUUGUAUUAACGGAUCCGUUGCACAUACGCACUACCGCCGAACAGAUACACAUCACUGAUUUUCACAUACCCAACGGCGUACAAAUGCUAGUGGUUUAUGUGGAUGUCAAACAAUAUAACCGAUUAGCAGCAGAUGCGCAGCGCGCUCAAACAUUACAGACCACACAACUGUCACAGGGUCUGUUUCCGUUUCAGUAUGUGAAACGUAAACUGAAACGCGAUAAAUCGUUAAUUUUCACCCACAUACCAGAGGAGAGCAGCACCGCCGGCGGUGCGGCAGGUGAACUUGCGGAGGAGGAGAAGGAUGUGGGGCAAACACUCACUGCAGUACGUUCAAAAUCAUUGCUGAUACGCCCCACACACUUGCCUUUGCGUGUUCGCAACGGUAUGGGCAGUUCGAAAGAGCUGCCUGAAUCAGGCAUUGCUUCGAUAAAUUUCGAUGAGACUGAUUCGUAUCCGGAAUUUAUUGGACGUACUAGUGUGUGUUCCACACCAAUGACCGAGAAUAAAGUUCUGCAAGUAGGGAACAUUAUGUCUAUCUGUGCUAAUCCAGAGGAUGAGAGCAACUCGAAUAAGCAGAAAAUACAAGGUACCAACCGACGGAAUUCGCAAAUGGAGCGGCGCAACUCUUUCACCGACUUGCAAGAUUCACUCAAGAAGAUCUCGAAGAAAUUAUCACUCAAACAAUUUUCGCAUAGCUUUAAGUCUGACGUCAAUCGCAAUGGCAGCAUUAGCGGCAUUGAGGUCAUGGAAUCUCCUGAUUUUAUCGAGAAUGACGAUGAUGUUGAAGUGGAGCAAAAUUCCGACAACUCUGAUGAGAAUAAUGGCACAUCCCGCACCAUAACCGAUCCUACCUAUCCCGUUUUCAAUGAGAAUGGUCAACCAAUUUCGCGUAGCCUCUUCCAAGAGUUCAUAGAAAAAUACUACCGCUUGUGGGCGGAUAAUGGCAGCGGUACUGGCAGCGCCAAAAAGGAGGUAGAAAUCGCACAACUCAUUGAGGAAUUCAAGGAGUUCGAUAAUGAGCUUAAAAAACUAGACGAAUCGCUGUGCCGUCAGGACCUCGGCGAUAAUUGCAAUAGCACACAACUCAAAACCGAUCGUAACUUGAAUACUGAACCAGCCACCGUGAUGACAAAAGCGAAAACACCAAUUGAUAAGAAAUCACUUAGCCUUCCACUGAAGCCACUCGCCGAUGCAGCAGCCAACAAUGAGCGUGAACUGCCGUUUGUUAUAGCGAAUCGUAAGCAAACUGGUGGUGUGCCACUCACACCGCUCAUGGCCAAACUCUCUGUGUUGGCGUUGAAUGAGGAGCACAACUGCAGCGGUGCUUGGGAUGCCAACGCUGUGGAAAUUCAAACGCCACUAAACACGUCUAAAGUAUUCUCGCGUCGCAACUCCUUGAUAUGUGACGAUGCUGUGGAUGCCUUAGCGACAUUGUCUACAAACACACAGUCCACAAGGAAUGGUUUGAAGCGACUGGAGUUGUACAUGUGUGGCCAGCAAAAUAUGACCCUGCUGCUGUUAAUGGAGGAGGGAACGGCGCGCCAGCAGCCCGUUGUGCAGAAAAUGUUCGAUGUUUGUGUUGCUAAAUUUCCGCAUAUGGAAUUGCAUUUAAAUCAAAUGCUCAAUGUCAAUGUGGAAGGCGAUAAGCGUGACGGCGCCUACAGUUUCAUGAGUAUCGAUGCGAAAUGGGAUACGUUGGAGCGUAAUGGACCAUGGAAUCCGAUGGAAUUGAACAUACUCGAAUGUAUGCAUCAAGAAUUGCAGCCAAACGAUGAGAUCUCUAACUUGAUUUUGAGAUCACACGAUGCAGUUUACUAUGGCUACAAGUCUGGUCGUUCUGAAUUCUUUUACAAAGAAGCCGCACAUUCCACCAACGGCAUACCGCCACCCUCCGAUCCCAUGGGCAAUGUAGCGAUGCGCGCCAAAACGCAUCUGGAACGUGAUCAUUCAUACAUUUUAUUUUAAACUCGAUAAACGUAUUUGCGAAAGUAAGAUAGCAAAAUAUUGUGUGAAUGAAUGUAUUAUGCUUUCUAAAUUUUAUUUUUAUAGUAGUGAUAUUUAGAAAACUAGACUAGAUUUACUAUUAAUACUAUUAUUUAUUACUAUUUAGUAGCGGUAGCCGCAUCAACAACAAAAAUAUGUUUCACUUAAACUCAUUAGUGCGCCACUAGCCUAGCGCCGGCAAUUCUAAGCAGAUACAAAAUAUUUUGUCUAUAGUACUCAAAACUUAAAAAUUAAAUGUUAGACUCGAAGUAAAUCUUAAGAGUGUAGUUGUUGCUUUUUAUGAACACGACUAAAACAUAUUCAAUAUUGUUAUUUAAGAGAGUAUAUUAAUUAUGAAAAAAGUGUUUUAUAAUAGUAGUAAAAGAAUAUUAA